CUUUCUCUCUCUCUUUUUUUUUUGUCAUACCUUUUUUAUUGUUUUAUUUUUGGGAAACUUCCAUCACUUUUUUUUUUUCCUUUUACAUUCCUUAUUCAAUCAAAAAAACUCUCUUUUUUUUCAAAUGACUUCACCAAGUAAAUCUUCAUCCAGUUUACAUAGGUCUUUAUCUGGUCAUCUUCAACGACUACAAUUAAGACGGGAAGACGCUUCACAAGAAAAUGGGGAAAAACGUGAAGAUAAGAAGACACUACGUAAACCAUCUCAUAAGUCUUCUCCUCCUCUUCCUCGCAAGAUUACUACAACAGAUACGACUGAUGGUGGUUCUAUAAAAACAAGUUCUAGUAUAUCAACAUCUGGUAAUCAACAAACUUCAACUCCUGUAUCACCUAGUGUUAGCAAGUCUUCUGCUGGUUCAUUUUUAUCUCGGACACUCUCUUCAAAACGUACUCGUGCCGAAUCUUCUAGUCGUAAUCGCCCUUCUCCACCUCCACCUUCAUCCACAAGUUCUCCUCUCUUGACUCGUUCUUCUGACCCUUUGGAUCCUACUUUGGAUAAUUCUACAAACCAACAAGUCAAUAGAUCAAGUAGUAAAAGCGAUGAUGAUUCUUCUGGUAGUCCUACUCCUCCACUAGAAAAUAGUCCUCCAACAACAUCUACUGGUACAAAUAACAAAGCAAGGGAUCGUAAUACUCUCAAGGAUGUCUUUGGAAAAUUUGUUGGAAGUUUCAAUGAACUAUUGAAUAAAGAAAAGGAUAAUGCGAAUAAACAACAAGAAAAAGAAAUGGAAAUUGGUGAACCUUUCAACGCUAAACAUGUUACACAUGUUGGUUUUGACCCUGCUACUGGAGAAUUCACUGGAUUACCUCAUGAAUGGCAAAUUUUAUUACAACACAGUGGUAUUUCAAAAAAGGAACAAUAUCAAAACCCUCAAGCUGUUUUGGAUGCUAUCGGAUUUUAUCAAGAAACAAGAGAACAUGAUGAUCAAGUUUAUCACAAAAUGGAAAAGGCCUUGGCUCUCCAAAUGAAGCAAACUGAUGAUGAUCAUUAUCACUCUCCGACUGCUGAUUAUGUAGAUAAUGAACUGAUGACUCCUUUAUCCUCCUCUAUUUCUGGUAAUGAAGAUCAAGAUCGACAUGACAAUAAUGAAUCUCUCGUUUAUCAAAAAUCACGUUAUGAACAAAGUAUCUCACCUUCAUCCUCUACUAAAAAACAAUUCAUCAGCAAACAACAGGAUACUACACCACAUAAAAACGAACGAUUCUAUGCUGAACUUGGUAUCGAACCUCCUCGUGUUUCCCCCACUCAAAAAGGAUCACCACAGUCAGCUCGGGAUUACGACAUCAAGCGAAAACUCAGUGCGAAGAAACGUGAAAAGAAGGAUGAUAAACCAAAGGAAACACUCACUGCUUCUCCUGGUACAGUUAAACAACGGGUUCCCAAAGAAAAGAAGGCUGGUAUGAAGGAUUCUGAAGUGAUUGCCAAAUUACAAUCCAUUUGUACAGAAGCUGACCCUAGCAAAGUAUACCGAAACAUGACAAAAAUUGGACAAGGUGCUUCAGGUGGUGUUUUCAUUGCUCAUACAACCAAGAGUGAAUUACCAGUGGCCAUCAAACAAAUGAAUUUAGAACAACAACCCAAGAAAGAAUUGAUCAUCAAUGAAAUUCUUGUGAUGAAAGAAUCUCAACAUAAGAAUAUUGUCAACUUUAUCGAUUCUUAUUUGUACAAAGGUGAUCUCUGGGUGAUUAUGGAAUAUAUGGAAGGUGGCAGUUUGACAGAUGUAGUAACAAACAAUAUGAUGAUGGAAGGUCAAAUUGCUGCUGUUUGUAAGGAAGUUUUGGAAGGAUUACAACAUCUUCAUUCGAAAGGCGUUAUUCAUCGUGAUAUCAAGAGUGAUAAUGUGUUACUUAGUUCUUAUGGUGAUAUCAAACUCACUGAUUUUGGUUUCUGUGCUCAAUUAAAUGAUACACAAGCAAAAAGAACAACUAUGGUUGGAACACCUUAUUGGAUGGCACCUGAAGUAGUGACUCGAAAAGAAUAUGGACCUAAAGUAGAUAUUUGGUCAUUAGGUAUUAUGGCAAUAGAAAUGGUGGAAGGUGAACCUCCUUAUCUCAAUGAAAAUCCUUUACGUGCAUUGUACUUGAUUGCUAACAAUGGUACACCUAAAUUACAAGAUCCAGAAGCUUUAUCUCCCAUGUUCCGUGACUUUUUGGCCCGAUGCUUAUCUGUAGAUGUAGAUCGUCGACCUACUUCUGAUGAAUUAUUGAAACAUCCUUUCUUGAAAUGUGCUGAUCCUCUUCCCUCACUUGGACCCUUGAUUCGUGCUGCAAGAGAAGCUGCACGAAGAGACGGUAUCUAGUUGUUCUUCUUCUUCAUUAUUAUUAUUAUUAUUAUUUUAUUAUUAUAGUUUUAGUUUAUAUGUUUAGUUAGUCAUGAUGUAUUACUUCCUCCUCUUCUUCUCUCAUUCUAUUCCAUCCUCUUUCUUCCAUCUGCUCCCUCUCACAUUUAUAUUAUAGUUUAUGAAUUAUACGUUUAGUUUUUCUCAAUAUUUAUACUUUUUUUUUGAUGAUCAUAAAACUUAUGAUAUUCUAUCCUUUCUUUCUUUUUUGGAAUUGUUGUAAAUAAAAACAAAACUAUCAUCAUCAUCAUUA